AUGCCUCGCCGGCCUCAGACCUCAGGCUACGCUCGAAUAGCCCAAGCAGAAGAGGAAGAGGAAGAAGACGAGAACGCCUACUCCGACGACCCCGAACAUGAUGAUUAUCUCAAGCUCUCCUCCCAAGGACCGGAAUAUGCUCCCAUACAACCUCCCCGUCGCGAGCGAAUGCAAUUGCCACCUGAUGGGGUUCCCGGCUCAUCAUCACCCCAUCGCAUACCACGACGACGGCGAACAAACAGCGGAGUCGACAUCAAAGCCAUAAAUGCCCGCCUAGAACGCUGGGCGGAGGAGAUCAAGGAGCGAUUCAAGAUCAAGCGCGUCAAGGGCAAGAGUUCCGAGGACGAACACCUGGAGAUCUACUCCUCCGUCUUCCAAGCCCCCGAAGGCAUCCGUCCGGCAACCAAAGCAAUGCUUGAGAACGACUCGAACGACGAAUACAUGCAAGGCCGACUUUCGAAACUCGAAUUCGACGAUAUGGUCGAGAGUGUCCGGACGGCGAUCGAGCUCAAUGUCCAUCCCUUGUUGAUUUCGCAGGGUAGUAGUGGAUCUUACUUUGCUCGGAACAGUGGAGGGAAGGUGCUUGGAGUCUUCAAACCGAAGGACGAGGAGCCGUAUGCGAACAAGAAUCCCAAAUGGACGAAGUGGAUACAUCGGAAUCUAUUCCCUUUCGCAUUUGGACGAGCGAUGUUGAUACCUAAUCUGAGUUAUGUCUCUGAAGCAGCGGCGUAUGUUCUCGAUUGCCAACUCCGGACAGGAUUAGUUCCGUACACGGAUGUGGUGGGUUUGAGCAGUAAAAGCUUUCAUUACGAUUAUUUUGAACGGAGGGGAUAUUAUAGGAAGGGUAAAGCGCUGCCGGAGAAGUUGGGCUCGUUUCAGGUGUUUUUGAAGGGGUAUAAGGGCGCGACGGAGUUCUUGCGAGAACAUCCUUGGCCGGAUCAGAGCGUGGAUGCGGCUGUGGAGGCGAGGAGGAGGAGGAGGAGGAAGAAGCGGAAGACGUGGGCGGAGAGCUGUAGGCCGGGAAGUGCAGAGGCUAUCGAUGUCGAAAGCGAGGAUGAGGUAUCUGGCCUUGCGGGGCGCGAGCAGAAUAAUACGCGACGAGGCGAGUUCUGGUCCGAGGAAUUACAGCAGAGUUUUCGGGAAGAGUUGGAAAAAUUGGUGAUAUUGGAUUAUAUCAUGCGGAAUACGGAUCGAGGGACGGAUAAUUGGAUGAUUAAAAUUGAUCGGGAAACCCAGCAAGCGCAGCUGGUCGUUGAGCCGCCGACGGAGGAUGCGGAUAAGGAUUCGGGGUAUAAGCGGCGGACGGAGAAUAUGACCACCUCUUCCACCAAAUCUUCAGCAAAUGCAGCGGUCCCGCAUAUAGGCGCCAUAGACAACUCCCUGUCCUGGCCGUGGAAACAUCCGGACGCUUGGCGUAGCUAUCCGUUCGGUUGGCUCUUCCUUCCAGUCUCGCUUAUCGGUCGGCCGUUCAGCGCCAAAACUCGAUCUCAUUUCCUACCUCUACUCUGCAGCAAAGACUGGUGGACCUCGACAGUUGUUCAACUGAGGCGUUGUUUCGAGAAAGACGCGGAUUUUCAGGAGAAAAUGUUCGCCCGGCAGAUUGCCGUGAUGAAGGGCCAGGCUUGGAAUGUUGUCGAGUGUCUCAAGGAAGAAGGGUUGGCUGGUCCGUUGGAGCUGUGCAGGAGGGGGCGGGUGAUGGUGUGGGAUGAUGUUGUUGAGGUUCCGGUGGAACGGCCGUUGGUGCGGGCUAGCGAGGAGAUGAGACGACGGAACGGUGCUACGGUGGACGCUAGGAGGACUGUUGCUGCUGAGAACACCACGAGUAUCAGGGAGGAGAUGGACGAGGAAAUGGACAUCUCCGCCGCACGCGACGAGGAGACAGGCACUGGUGAUCUACUCAAUCUCUCGCCACCAAAACAGGCGGAUGGAAAACCGAACCGUUUCAACUUAUCCCGUGAGAACAGCAGCCCUGACAUCCGACCACCGGACGCCCUUUCAAGCCCCCAAAAAGAGCUCUUCCCAGCCCCUCGCACCUCAACACCAAUAUCACGACCCGCGCACCUUCGUUCCGUCACCCACCAGCCCCCUUCCUCACCCCAUCGCAGCCGCAUGUCCCACGACAUCCCGCGUCUAGCGUGGCAAUCACCACAGGACUCACGGAAAAGCGGCGAGCAACGACGACGGCGGUUCUCGUUCGCUACUAGACGUGGGACGAACUAUGGUGGCGAGUAUGAUGAGGAUGAGGAGGAUGAUGAAGGGAAUGGGGAUCUAGGGUUCGCGGCUGUGGGUGGGAGGGAGGGGGUCAGGCGACGGGUGAUUGUGGAGAGGUUGGAGGUCGUGAAGAGUAAGGCGCCGUUCUUUAGUUGGUGUUAG